CUGAGAAGUGGUUUGGGGUGGAUUUGAGACUGGAAAUUCUCCUUUUGUCCCGCUGAAGCCAGAUAGAUUUGCCGACGACUGACAGACUAGACCGACGCCUUAGCCCUUGCCCCCUGCCCUGGCCCCAGCUCUAAAGCUCUAAAGGCUCUAAAGUCAGGGCCACGACGACCACCUCAAGAACACACGAACACGGGAGAGUUGAGCUGGAAACUGGAGACUGGAGACUGGAGAGCCAGGCACGACUGACCAACGUUCGUUGGGUCAAAGCCAAAGCCAAAGGUGUGGAUCGUAAAGAGGAUCGGAUGGAUCGGAUUCAUGGACUUGGCUGACUGACUGAUUGUGCGCCUCUGACUCCUGCCUCCUCCAUUAUCUCCAUUAUUGACUCGACUCCACGCCCAUCCACGGGCUGGCUGACUUCCAAUUGAUUGGUCAUCAUGGCGUCGUCCACGGAUCGACGGGUCUUGAUCGAUGCCACGGAUGACCAAGACCAUCGCCAGGAGGUUCGGGAGGUUCGGGAUGGGGCUGAGCGGAUCCCUGUGGCCAGGGGCACGCCUGGCACUGGAGGCGGGGCCGGUCCGCCGCCUCCGACCCAUCUGUCGUCGGUGUUCUCGCAUUUCGUGCGGCUGAGCACGUUGCCGGCCACGGCCGUGGCCAUCAUGGCCAAUGCCAUCAUGAUCGUGUUGGUGUUCCUGUUGCCCAUCCUGUGCCAAGGUCGCCCAUCGGACACGAAGCCCUUGGAGUUGUGCCGAUUGGAGCCGUUUUCCAUCCUGGUGUACACGCACGCGGCUCAUUGGCUGAUCCACUUGAUCGUGGAUCAGUUCCUCAAGAAGGAGCACAAGAAAUCGCGAUUGCGCGGAUACAUCGCAUUCUACCUCCAAACGAAAAAUAUUCGCCGGACGCCGUUCUACUUGGUCUCCAUCGGUAAUGCCGUACUCCUCAUCACGGUCACGGCGCUCCACGACUACUGCGAUCCCGACCAGUGUCCCGACAAGAUGAUGAAAGUCGACUACCUCCGCGGUCUGAUCACGCUCGAAUGUUUGAUCAUCAUCUGUCUGUGGUUCAACUACAUCAUCAACGUCCGCGAAUUCCACGCCCAACGCCCUGUACCCGACGUCCUGAGUCCGGACGCCAUGCGUCAUUUGCUCGUGGAUGAAGCUUCGGCCGGUCCGAGCACCGACUAUGACGACAGUUUGUUCGGCGGAACCACGGCCGCCUAUGGGUCCCCGCCCGAACGCGACGAGAUCCUCGAGAAGCAGGCCGAGCUCAUUCGAUAUUUGCGCUCGCACAUUGCGGCACAAAACGAGAAGCUGCUGGCUUUGUCUCAACAGAUUCCGUUAGGCGGUUCGAUGUCCGACGAGCUAGCCGAUGCUUGAGACUAGCCACGCAUCAAAUGACCGUCCGUGUCCCGUGUCCCUUUUAACCCGUGAAAUACGUUAGUUGUCAGACCUUGAAAAAAGUACACGCUUGGGUGGUUGUUCUUUCGUUGGUCCCAUAUUUGCCAGGAUGUCGAUUGUUGAUCCAUUUGCGACACGACCUACUUCUCUCUCGAUUCCUCUACGCCGACCCCGGAUGAUGAUAUUUUUUACAGAUUGUUUUUCUCGUGUCCAACAAUGCAACAGGAAUUCUUCAAAGAAAUUUUAUAUCAAAUAAAUAUUAUACUUUAUGAACUUCUGAA